UGGCGCGCGCGCGAGCAGAAGGAGGGAGAGCGAGAAGAGCGCGAGCGAGUUCCAGGGGUUCGGGGCCCGCUGCCGCCGCCGCCGCCGCCAUUGUUAUUGUCCGGGCGCUGCCGCUUCGUAAACGAUGUCGCACCACAGCCCGCUAGCAGAAGGCCUCAGGAAAAAGCUGCCACCAUGCCGUUGGUCCGUUGGGAGGAAGCGCAGUGCGGAUGGCAAACUCCGUAGGGCGGAUGAUGUGGAUUCCUGUCUCUUUGAUGAUGAGCUCAAGGAUUCCACUCCGAGCGUUCCUAGUUGGCCGGAUGAUAGAAUCUCCAGUUUCACAACACCAGACAGUGAUGGACCAGUCCCCCGAUGUGCUACUGCAGAUUGGGGAACGGCAAUCGAAGAAGAGGAGACGAGGCAGACUGUUUAUCGGGAUUUGAAGAGAUAUAAAAGGCGACUCUUGAUAAAUGAAUUUCAUGACCAUGAGAAAGAUUAUUCGUCUGAAAGUUCCAGUGAUUCCAGAGAAUCAUUGGCACCAUCUGAACUUGAAACCGAUGAAGUGGUAUUGAUGCGAAGACAAAAGCAAAUCAAUUAUGGGAAAAACACCAUUGCAUAUGAUCGAUUCAUUCAAGACAUUCCUAAACAUCUUCGGAAGCCAGGUGUUCACCCCAGGACUCCAAACAAGUUCAAGAAGUUCAGUCGCAGAUCCUGGGAUCAGCAAAUUAGGUUAUGGCGAAUUGCACUUCAUGCUUGGGAUCCGCCUGUGGAAGAAGGCAGUGAUUUACAAGCAGUCACAGAGUUUGAUUUUGAUAUGGAAACUGAAUCUAUAAACAGCUCAAAUGGAGGUCGGACAAGUUUUCAGGAUGAGAGAGGAUGCACGCCAAGCAACACACGAGCACCAUCUCCUCAGGUAUCUGACUCGACUUCAAUGAUCAGAGAAUUUGGGUCUCAUUCAGGCAAAGAAUUUGAUUUGCAAGCUUGUUUGUCCGAAACCAAUGAAGCUAAUUCUUGGUUAAAUCAAUAGCUGAUCUUGAGAAAUUUGCUUGGAACAGUUCUGCAGAUGAUGUGACGAUCUUGUGAACAUAAAGGAGUUUAAAGUUUUUCCAAACAAAUAUGACAUUGUGAAAAUGUUAAUGUACAGACCAACAAAUCGAUUGAAUGGUACUGCUUUAUGGCUACCAACAAAACAAUACUUGCUGUGAACAAAGUAUCAUUUGCCUGUAUUGCAGCUCAUUUGUGUACUUGACUUAACUAUUCUGCUCGUCCAAGUUCAGAUUUAUGGUGAGGGAAUUACCGUACUAGAUGUUCAGUUGAACAUUUUUUAAGGCUUAAUAAACAACAAUGCUUUGCAAUAAAACUUGAUUGUUUUUGAAUGGCUCGCUGGAAUGGGAAAGAAGUGUUUUUUAAAGGUUUAGCUGCAUGGGAUUAUGGACUCGUGUGCCUUAACUUAAGAACUGUAUUGAUUUUUUUAAAUAUUGAAGUUACUUUGCAUCUUGUUAGAUUUCUCAAUUUAAUGUUUUCAGUGUUUAAUCUUGGAGCUUGCUCAAACGAACCUGUCUGCAAAUUACAAUCUCAAUGUUCAAAGUACAAAUUAAUAUGAUGCUUUGAUCGAUCAAUUUGUACUGCUGGAAGGUGUUUCAACAGACCGUUAAUGUGAAGCAUUAUGUCCAUUGGCACAAAGGCUAAUUUCCUGUUGCAACACUCAAAAAUUCAAUCUUGAUUUACUUUUUUUUUGUAUUAGCAACUUGCUGUGUGUGUAACAAAAUUCUAGUUGAAUAUUGAAAUUCUUUUGAUUAUUAAAUGGUUGAAUUCAGCGUUAUUUUUGUCUAGAUUUUUAAAUCGCAAUAAAACCUGGCUUGUUUGAAAUA